UGGGCUCGCUUCACUGCGUGCUCAGGCUUUGCUCGGAGCAGCCGAGAACCGAGCCCGCCUAGCCAGGGGUUUGGGGCAGAACAAGUGCCGAGCUGCUGCUUUGUCAUCACCAGAGACUAGCGGCCCCCGGGACAACUGGGCUUUAGCUCUGCUCUGUGGAGCCAGGUAAAUGACUGAAGAUUAAAAGGACAAUGGGCUGCGUGUAUCCUGAUGGCAUCUUGUGUACAGUGACAAGUUACUUGCUAUGGCAUCUGAGACUGAAAAGGCUCAUGCUCUUCUCCAAACUUUCAGCACAGCUUCAGUUAUUUCCAGUUUAGGAUUGGGAAUAUUCUGCUUCAUAGCAGACCGACUGCUGCAGUUCUCUUUCAUUCAGCAACACGACUGGGUCCGAGCUCUCUCUGAUAAUGCAGUGCAUGGUGUGGUGGGAAUAUGGUCCUGGGUGAUAGUGAUUGGGCUCAGGAAGAAGAGUGACUUUAGUGAAGUCAUUUUAGCUGGUUUCCUCUCUUCUGUCAUUGAUGUGGAUCAUUUUUUUCUAGCUCGCUCCCUUUCGCUACAGGCUGCUCUGACUCUUCCGCAAAGACCACUUCUUCAUUGUUCUACUGUGAUUCCUGUUGUGGCUGUGACAUUAAAGUUUAUUAUGCACCUUUUCAGGCUUAAGGACUCAUGGUGCUUUCUUCCCUGGAUGUUGUGUAUAUCCUGGACUUCUCACCAUGUCCGUGAUGGAAUUCGUCAUGGCCUCUGGAUCUGUCCAUUUGGAAAAACUGCUCCCUUGCCAUACUGGUUUUAUGUGGCAGUCACAGCAUCUUUACCUCAUCUGUGUUCAUUUGUUAUGUAUUUAACAGGUACUGGAGAACUAAUGUCUAUAAAACAUGGAAUUCACAUUGAUGUCUAAGGAUGAUAGUCCUUGGAAGUCACUUGUUUUGAAGAUUAUAGUGAAGUUGAUCCCUGUGCAUUCCUCAUGAUUUCUAAUUUAGGCAAUUUGAAGCCAUGGAGCCAUUUAUAAUUCCAGAAUUGAUUAUUUGUGGCUACAGAAAUCUGUUGUCUGAAUGAUGUUGAUGUAAUUUCCAGGCAUCCUCUUCAUGACAUCUGUAGCCUUCAAUGUCAGUUCUGUAAUAGCUAAUUAAUAUAUAAAAUUCAGUCAUUCCUAAAUAUUUAAAUUUCCUCCUCCUCCUAUUAUCUCUGCUAUAAUAGUGCCAUUCCUCUUGUCACCCUCCACUUUGGGAAAUAUAUUCUCCC